AGAAGAUACGAAAAAUAAGUGUCAUAUGCACUGUCAAGUUUUGUUUCCUACAAACAUGCCAGAAUCAAUAAGUGCGGAAAAAUUGGAAACUUUUGUAAAUGACUAUCUCAAAGAGGAUCUUAAGGAUUUAGAACAUCAACUUAAUCUACGAAAUGGCGAAAUAAUGGAAUUUGUUCAACUGAAAAACAUGAUUGAAAGCAUAAAAGAACAUCUUCAAGAUGGCUUCAAAACUCAGAUGAACAUCGGAGGCAAUUUCUUCAUGCAAGCGAAAGUACCUAAGACGGACAAGAUCCUAGUAAAUAUUGGAAAGAACGUGUACAUGGACUUCACUUUAGACGAAGCUCUGACUUUCAUUGAUUUCCAACUGAGAGUCCUGAACAAGGAGGCUGAUGUCAUACGAGAGGAAAGUAUCAGGAAACGUGCAGAUAUCAAGCUGGCGCUCAUGUGCAUCGGCACAAAAAAACAAAUGCUUCCGGCUGGUGACACUAGUUAGCACUAAGUAAUAGUUACGCUUGUAUAAUUUUACGUUAAAGAGUUAUGUAUAAAAGUUAUAUGAAAUGUGAUAAGUGCGGUAAAGAAUGUUUUUGAAUGAAA